UUUAAACUUUACCCGUAAAACCCCAUCCAGGAUAGAGGGGGGUUUAUCCUUUAGCUCCAUGGCUACCUUCCCCGACAGCUUAAGUUUAAGCAUUCGCAGACCCGACUCAAAACCAUCACCGCCGUGCAAAUCCAAAGUCGCACCAAAUCAAACUGGGCGCAGAGGGUCAGUCAUCUACAGCAAAAAGUCCAAGAACGAAGAUGCAUUCAAGGAGAAGAAGCAGGCUGUCGUGGACUACGACAGAGGGACCCACCAGGUUUCUGUUCAAAUCGACGGCCUCAGGAAAUCUGACUUGCCCAAACGGAACCGUUUGCGGGUCGACGGGGACGGGUUCCAGAAGGACUGGCCACUUUCUGAGGUUGUUGCCAAUAUAAUGAAGCUCAAUCACUGGGAAGAUAUUGAUGGCCUUUUAAAUAUGUGGGCCGGUCGCUUCGCCAGAAAAAAUUUCCCAGUUCUUAUAAGGGAAAUUACACAGCUUGGUUCAAUAGAGCAUAGCCUUCAUGUUUUCAAUUGGAUGAAGAACCAAAAGAACUAUUGUGCACGCAAUGACAUUUACAACAUGAUGAUCAGGUUACAUGCAAGGCAUAACCAAAUUGACCAAGCUCGUGGUUUGUUUUUUGAAAUGCAAAAGUGGAGGUGUCAUCCUGAUGCUGAAACUUACAAUGCUCUCAUCAAUGCACAUGGCCGAGCUGGCCAGUGGCGUUGGGCAAAAAAUAUCAUGGAAGACAUGCUCCGUGCAGCUAUUCCCCCAAGUCGGUCAACAUACAACACCUUGAUCAAUGCAUGUGGGUCCAGUGGAAAUUGGAGAGAGGCCUUGAAGAUUUGCAAGAAAAUGACAGAGAACGGGUGUGGGCCUGAUCUGGUGACUCAUAAUAUUGUGCUUUCUGCCUAUAAAAGUGGGGCACAGUAUGCCAAAGCACUGUCUUAUUUUGAACUAAUGAAAGGAACCAACAUCCGUCCUGACACUACAACCCUAAAUCUUGUGAUCCAUUGCCUAGCAAAGCUCGGAAAAUAUGAUCAAGCUGUUGAAAUUUUUAAUUCAAUGCGAAUGAAGAAGGCAGAAUGCAGUCCUGAUAUUGUCACAUUCACUAGCAUCAUGCAUAUGUAUUCUACUUGUGGACAGAUUGAAAACUCUGAAGCUGUUUUCAAAUCUUUGCUUUCAGAAGGCAUGGAACCAAACAUUGUCACAUAUAACACACUAUUAGGUGCUUAUGCUGCACAUGGGAUGAGUGGAAAAGCUUUACUAAUUUUGGAUGAGAUGAAAAGUCGUGGAAUCCGCCCUGAUGUUGUAUCCUACACAUCUUUACUCAAUGCCUACGGAAGAUCACAACAACCUGAGAAGGCAACAGAAAUAUUUGAAAUGAUGAAGAGAAACAACUUGAAACCAAAUAUAGUGAGUUACAAUGCACUCAUUGAUGCCUAUGGUUCUAAUGGUUUUCUUGCUAAAGCUGUACAAGUGAUGCGUGAAAUGGAGCAGAAUGGUUUGCACCCGAAUGUUGUCACGAUUGGUACUUUACUUGCUGCAUGUGGACGAUGUGGUCAAAAGGUGAAAAUAGAUUCCAUUCUAUCAGCUGCUCAAAUGCGUGGCAUCCAGUUGAACACUGUUGCCUACAACUCAGCUAUUGGAAGUUAUUUGAAUUUUGGGGAAUAUGAAAAGGCUUUGAAUUUAUACAGUUUGAUGAAGGACAAGAUGGUCAUGCCUGACUCUGUUACGUAUACGGUGUUGAUAAGCGGAUGCUGCAAAAUGUCAAAAUAUUGUGAGGCACUUGUGUUUCUUAAUGAAAUGAUGCAAAUGAAAAUUUGUAUGUCAAGAGAAGUAUAUUCAUCUGCAAUUUGUGCAUACAGUAAGCAGGGUCAACUUGCUAAGGCAGAAUCUAUGUUCACCAUGAUGAAAUUGGCUGGCUAUCAGCCUGAUGUCAUUGCAUACACAACAAUGCUACAUGCUUACAGUGUUGCAGACAAUCUGGAGAAGGUUUUCACAGUAUUCCUAGAAAUGGAAUCAAAUAAUGUUAUUCCAGACUCUAUUGCCUGUUCAUUUCUUAUGCGGGCCUUCAACAAGGGAGGCCAACCAGCCAGAGCUCUUAUUGUGGCAGAGUUCAUGCGAGAAAGGAGUAUCCCUUUUAUUGAUGCUGUUUUCUUUGAGAUGGUUUCUGCAUGCAGCAUAUUAAGAGACUGGGAAAUGACGAGUGAAAUUAUUAAAUUGAUGGAGGCAUCACUCCCUGGCAUCUCAGUUGGAAUUCUGAACCAGCUUCUCCUGUGUAUUGGAAAAUCCGGCAAGAUUGAGACCAUGAUAAAGUUCUACUACAAGAUAGUUGCAUCAGGUGCAGAAAUCAACUUAUCCACGUACUCAGUUUUGUUAGAGAAUCUUUUGAGUGCUGGAAAUUGGAGGAAAUACAUUGAGAAACUAAUGCAGAGUUUGGCUGGUCCCUUUCAUUUUUUAAUGGUGAUGCAGUGGAUGGAGGAGGGAGGAAUCCAACCUUCAAAAGAAAUGUACCAAAACAUACUCAUCUUUGCCAAGAGGAGUGUCGGAACUGAGUAUGGUGCUGUAAUAAAAGAACGAAUGCGAACUUUAAGAACAAAAUAUGGAGAGAAGACAACCAGCGCGUCAGGAUAUAUCCGCUCCUCCAACGCAUUGGCAUAUCAAUUUCUCAAAUAGUUGCAUCUCCGGGAUGUGUACAUGUAUCAUGUUAGGUGGGCCAAAUGAGGAAUUAUUCAAUUUGCCACAAGCUCAAAUGCAGUCUAUGUGCAAGGAGUCGAGGACAAGCAUGGAGUUGAUCAUGGAGUAGCAUUCUUCUUGACAGCCUAGUUACACUUGUUUAUUAAAGAUGUGAGUGCAUUCAAUGAUAAAUGUAAUUUUUUUUAAAAAAAAUUAGAAUGUAUAUAGGCUAGAAUUGUAGCACAUCAUAUGUAACUAGUUCUUUCACUCAUGCAUUACACAGGAUACUUUGACUACUAGAAAUUGAAUUUUUUAUCUCGAAGAAACAAGUUCAUAUUUAUAAAGUCUAGA